CCGGCGAAGGGAGCCAGGGCGGUCCCAGCGGUGUCCUUUCCCCGGCGGUGCCCGCUGUCGCUCAGCGGUGCCCGGUCUCAGCACGUGUUGAUCUCGGGGCCGGUGUUGAUCUCCCGUGCCAGCCCGGCCGAAGGAGCCGGGGCUGCCACACAAGCUGCAGCCUCAGCACGGGGCCCGUCCGUGUAUCCCGGAGGAAUCGCGCGCCUUGAGCAGGGGCAGAGCACUGUGUGGCAGGAUGUGUGAAGGGCCAUCCAGGAUUUCUGGACCCAUUCCUCCAGACCCAGGGCUCUUCCCAGAGUAUUACAAACGCCCCCUCUCAGCUCGAGGGAGGCUGGAGGGGAAUGCUCAGAGGCUGUUUUUGACCUCCAGCCCCCUGGACCCCGUCCCCAGCCCCUGCCUGGCUCUGGGCAGUGCCCAGCCAGCCCCUCGUGUCCGCCCCAGCGGGAAGGAGUUCCUGGAGAGGGGACAGAAGGGGACCCUCAGCCUCCUGCUGCAGCUCCAGGGCAUCUCCCUUGAUGGGGCAGUGCCAGCUAAGAGGAAAGAGGCCAAGGACUACGAGAAGGAAAAUGUGAGGAGGAUAAAGGAGAUUCAGAGGAAGUGCAAGGAGAAGGAGCGAGCCCAGGAGCACAGCCAGCCCAAGCCUGUGAAAGCUCUCUGGAAAUCCCAGAAAUAUGAAAAUGUGGAGUCAAAGGUGAAGGCCAAACUGCAGGAGACCUCUCCACCUGCCAAUCCCGAGGCUGUGAAUUUCCUGAGGGCGUAUUCCCGCUGUGGCUCUGGGAUCAAGCCAUGCAGACCCCUGUCCCCAAGGCCUGCCAGGGCAAAAGCAGGAGCAGACACAGAGGCUCCAGAGGCACAGGGUGCUGAAACCAAGCCUGCUGGAGAGGAAGGAGCUGUGGCGCAGGCAGGCGGAGGAGCGGCUGCGGAACCUGCCCGACCCCGACACCCCCCCGGGGCACACCCUGAUGCCCGAGGGACAGCGCCUCGAGACCCUCAGCAACCUGAAACAGAGCCAGGAGCAGCUGGUGAAGGACCUGGUUCUGCUGCCCAUGCGUGGGGACAGCCUCAGGAUGCAGAAGAGGCGGGUGGAGCUCGAGAGGAAGCUCUCCCAGAUAGACGAGGCAAUCAAAAUUUUCUCAAGGCCAAAAGUCUUCAUCAAGUUGGACUCCUGAGCUGCUGGGGCCAGUGUGCUGUGCUGCUCUGCCUGAACAUCCUUUGUUGCUGGGCAGGAAUGGACAUCUCUUUUUGUGAGGAAAGGAGAGAAAGCCAAGUUCCAGACCCUGGGCCCAUGCAGGUGCCCAUAACAGUGUCCAGUACACAGCUGGCAUCUCCUGCUCACCUUUCAAUGCUGUGUCUUGUCCACAGAAAAGGGAGGAAGAUGCCCUAAUAAAGGCCCUGCUCAGUGGUCUGGGGAGCAGUUGUCUCUGCUGCUUGGCUUCUCACAGAUCAGCUCUCUGCUCUGGGUCUGUGGCAUCACUUGUACUUUCCCUUUUUUUUCCUACUUCUAGAAACUGGUAGGAGGUCUCUUGUGCUGCUGCCUGUGGUAUUCCUUGUCAUUCUCUUUCUCCUGAGCUGGACCAUGGUCAUGGCUCAUCCUGAACACCUGAGAGCUCAGGGGACAGCCUGGGGACAAGAAGGAGGCACAGAGCUUCAGUGUUUUCUGCCCAGGGAAGGGCUGAGCUGUCAGGAGGGUCUGGUUGGAUGCCUGGAGAAGCCUUUGUUGUCUGUGGGGCAGGAGAUACUCCAAUAAACCAUCAUUUCCAUCUUGCA